AUGGACACAAUCAAACUGGUGACAACUGAACUGAUAGCCGCACAAGCUGAAUUUGGUAAGCAGUAUACAAGUUAUUGGCCAAUCUUUGAACAUAAUUCAAUUGACUUGAACUGUAAACUUAAGACUGAGCGCAAUAUGUCCAUGUGGUUUUGGAAAAAUGACAAUCGUGGAAGAGGAGUUAUGAUUAUAUCAUCUGCUGACAAGAAGGAUGAUAUCGCAGAGAUUCAGAAUCGAAUCAGCCUGCAACAUUUCGAUGGGAUGAGCUUUCCUCUACAGAUUUCUCCAGCAAAGUUCAAAGAUGCAGGAACUUACACGUGUACCAUGGACACAAUCACACUGGUGACAAUUGAACUGAUAACCACACAAGUGACAGCGAUUCCAUCUCACCCUCUGGCUGAAGGAGACAACGUCUGUCUUACAUGUUCUGUUUCUCAUGUCAGUAAUGCAUCAAGGCUUGUUUGGAUGGAUAAUGGCAGGGGAAUCCUUGUUAAAGAGGAAACAUUUAAUCUCCCGGGAGAAGGAAACAGCAGCCUGUCACUGUUUAUUCCGAAGAUUGGACAACAUAACAGGAGGUGGACCUGUCUUGUAUUUAAGGGAACCAUGCUAAAAAUUCACAUUCUGUAUACGCUUGAAGUUAAUGAGCAGAAUAAGAAUGCUUAUUUGAACUAUAUUCUCAUUCCUAUCAUUCUUGUGUUCCUUCUGUGCCUCAUGGUGACAAUAAUGAGCUGCCUCAGGAAGAUCACUGAACCAGCUUACGAAGAGCAAAGGACACCCAAUUUAAUUAACAUAAAUUCAAACUCUGAGCCAAACACUGGAGAAAUUCAUUAUGCUUCUAUCGUUUUUCAAAAGAGGAACCCAGGUCCUCGCCCAGAUGUACAAUCUAACCUGCAGCCCUCAGAACAUAAUCGAGGAGCUUCAGAUGGAAAUGAAUCACCCAUAAUCUAUGGCACAGUAAUUAAGUAGGACAUCCUAGUUUGCAUGCAGAUAACUGGAGGAUAAAAGGAUGGAAGAGACACUUUUUUUGGCAAAGUGUUAGCUGUUUAUAGAACUGGAUGUAUAUGUUUGGGAUUGUAGCUACUGAAUACAGGGAUGCAUGAUGAAAAACAAGUACAGCUUUAUGGAAUAUCCAGGUUCAGCAAU